AUGCCCUCCCUGGGAGCUACUACUGAGAACAAAGUAUUCCUCCAGAAAAAGCAUCACACAUGCCAUGCAUCAGAUCUCAGUGCACAGUUCUUCAAGCUUCAUUCCCAAAGUCACCUCUCUGGAGGGUCACCCAAAGGCAGCCCUAAGAAGCAGAGGAAGAAUGGUCGGGCCAGAGCACAUCAAGAUCUGGGAAGGAGUCCAUUGUCGAUCUUCCAGAACCCCUCUCUUUUUGCAGUCUAUGCUCAUGUUCGCAAAGCUGUAGUUGAUGAACAAUGCCAAGAAGCUGCAGAUUUGUGUUCAGCUCUGGUUUCCUCACCCCAGAGUGAGGGAAAACAUGGGAAUGAUGAGAGAAAGGAUGGCACUCCUGCAAUACCUGAGGUGGUGGAGGCUGGUUUGGAAGCAGUCUUCACCUUGAUCAAAGAAAGCAGUACCAGCCAUCCGCAGCUAUGCUGUAAGGCAUUGGAUUCUCUCCUAAAUAUUCUUCAAGGCCAGAAGUUGGAAGGUCUUCAAAAUGAAUCAGUUGCUAUCCUAGGAGAUUCUUUGGGACCAGGGAAGCCAGCAUGUAUUGCAAGUGAUGGCAACUAUUUAUAUAUUCAUGGUUCUCAUGGACUUCUCAAAGUUGGUACUGGUUAUGGAGGGACAGUUAGGGGAUAUGUGUAUGCUUCAUCCUCUGAGUGCUUCCCUGCAGAGCCUGCUUGGAUGGGCAUAUCAAAGGUGAACAUAGGUGAGCUGUAUUUUGGAGUCCGGGGGAAUAAGGAAGCAGCUCUUCUCCAAUUGGACAAAGAAAAUUUGAAUGUGAAAAAGUCAUUCCUACUGCCAGUGUCACCAUCUGAGAUGCAAACUCUCUUCAGUGAUGGCCAAUCAAUUGGUUUAAUCAAAAGCAGCCCCUCUUCUGAUAACAUCAUUGUGCGACUCAUAGACCCAGAAUCUCAAGGCUUCUGGGUUGGAGGAGAAUUGAGCCUGAAGCUGGCCAGGAAAUCAUUGGAUGCAUUUGGAGAAGCAGUUAGUGGUGACGGUGAGGGGCAAAUUCAGCACGCUCAUCUGACAGGACUUGAGGAAGAGCCAUCUUGUAUUGCAAAUGGGAAGGACUUCACUCUUGUUGUAACUGUUUCUGGCAAAGUACUUGUGAGUGGGUGUUGCCAGAGUUUAUGCAUGAAGAGGGGUCCACCUCCUGGCUCCUGGUUGGAGCUGCAUAUCACAAAGGCACCUAAAAUCAUCCAAUGCAGUGUUGGCCAUGAAGGGCAGCAUGCUCUCCUGGUUGGUGAAGAUGGAGGAGUGUUUUUUAUUGGCACAGCUCGCAGAGGAGAAGAUGGUGAACCUGGGGAAGUCACAGGCCUGCAGUCAAUUCAUGUGGUACAGGUUGCCCUUGGAAGUGCUCAUGUUGUAGCAAUAUCUGAUAAGGGUGAUGUAUAUACAUUUGGUAUGAACCACAAAGGUCAAUGUGGACUAGAGAAGCCUAGUGAAUCAGUUCAGAGAAAUGAGAUGGUGGCAGAUGCUGGAGAUCCUCUUGUGGAACAGCGUGUAGAUGAAGGCAAUGGAGAGUGGGCAGAAGAUGGUUCUCUGGAUACAAUAUGUCCUCCUGGUGAACAUAAUUGGGUCCAUGAGUCUUGUCUUAUUUGUAAUGUCUGCAAAGAAUGCACAGGGGAAUGUGGGUGUGGAGCUGGAGAUUCAGGUUGUGCAAUUUGUGGCUGUUGUCGUUCAUGUGCUGGAGAACCUGAAUUUGACUUGCCACCUCCUCAGGAAGAUGAAGAGGAAGAAGUACUUGAUCAGGAGGAUCCAUUGGAAGAUUUCUACUACAUGGGUGAACCAAAGACUUUGGAGCAGCUAAGGAGGUGGAAUGAGAGGGAAAAAGAAUUGAACAAGAGGCAACACAAAAAAGAUUUGAACAAGAGGCACCUGGAAAAAGAAUUGAACAAGAGUCAUCAUGGAUUUCCAUUCCCUCGAGGUCAUGCUGCCCCCUUGAAUGACAAAGACAGAGACAUAGGUUCCAGUAAAAUAGCUUCUCAUCCACCAACAAAGCUCAGUCUGCCAUGUGUCCACCCAAUGCUUCAAGUUGCCUGUGGUGUUCAUCACACAUUGCUGCUCUGUAAUGGAGGAGAAGUGUUUGCCUUUGGGAGCAACUCUAGAGGUCAAUUGGGAGUUGGAGAUACAAUAAACAGAUGUCAUCCAGACCCAGUCAGGAUUCCUCCUGAUGUGAAAAUUGUUCAGAUUGCUGCCGGCAGCUACCAUUCUGUGUUCCUUGCUCAAGAUGGAAGAGUCUUCUCAUGUGGAGCAUUUGAGGUGAAGUCACAGAUAUCUGUCAUCUAUCAGUAUAAAGGGCAAUUAGGGCCAAAGUCAGAUGAAGACAUUCAGGCAGGAGAGCGGUUAUGGUUUUCCAUUCCAACUCCUGUGAACAAGCUUGGGCCAGUUCAUGGUCAUCAGGCCACAUGGAUAGGAGCAUCAGGAAAUCAAACAUUCAUCAAGCAAGAUGAGAGUCUUAUUCAUUUUCAGACAUUGUCCCAGACUUCCAUAGUAGCCAGUCGAGAUUUACUUGGCCUUUUGACUACAAAAGAUAGUGGUGGCUCCCCUUUCCAAUGUCUCAUGAUCAGCCGCAGUGAUGGGGUCUGUGAAAGCUUUCAGGGCCCAACACAAGUUGACUUUUCUGGUUGUGCUUCUUACCUUGACCCUAUUUAUGAUGUCCUUUGGAGGUAUAAUCCAUGUGAUGGGACAGUGUGCUGCUUCAAUAUAUUGCAAAGUGGAGUCAAACAGCAGGUGCCUGCAACCACUAUUCUCACCCCAGAGGUUGCCCUACCUGUCAUACCAGGCACUCGUGUUUCACGGUCCCAGGUGACCUUAUUUCUACUCUGCUGUCUGGACCUUCUUAUGAUUCUGGAUGAUUUUACUCUGGUGCAUCCAGAAGAAGCCUCUGCAAAGCCCAGUGUGGCACAAGUGCUUAGCAGAGAAGAUUACUCUGUUGUGAAUCGGUUUGAAAGACAUGGAGGAGGUUGGGGUUAUUCAGGGAAUUCAAUAGAAGCUAUUCGUUUCAGUUGUGACACUGACAUUCUAUUGGGGGGAUUUGGCUUGUUUGGAGGUAGGGGAGAAUACAUGGCAAAGAUAAAGCUCUUUGACCUUGGUUUGGAUGGGGGUGCUCAUGAGAUAGAUGGAGAGGUUUUGGCUGAGACAGACAUGAUGCCAUAUGAAUGUGGUCAGAGACAGAAGCAUUCCAUCCUCUUUGAUGACCCAGUCCUCAUCCAGGCACAUAGGUGGUAUGUUGCCUGGGCAAAGAUAGAUGGUCCAGCAAGUGAUUGUGGUUCCAAUGGUCAAGGAGUUGUUGUUACAGAUGACCAGGUCACUUUCCAGUUCAAGUCAUCCAAGAAGUCAAAUAAUGGAACAGAUGUGGAAGGAGGACAGAUUCCACAGUUGUUGUAUCGCAUGCACAUGCCAGAAGCUUGCCCUCGUACUCCUUUCUAUGGGCAUGUCAAACCAGUCCAUAUCCUGAAACGAGACUUUGCAUGCACUCUCAAUACUGAGACAGUGAAUUCUUUGCUUUUGCUUCUUUCAUGGAGUUGGGACACUUUCAAAGAGGCAGCUGCUGAAUUGUCUCACCUUACUUCUGAGUCAUUGGGAUAUUCUGCUUCCUACCAUGAUGUAGAACGUUUGGUAUAUGUAUGCCGGGCUUGCCUGCGUCUUCUAAGAGCUUUCAUAGAAGAAAUGUUUCCUCUUGGUGGAAAGAGAAAGAGUGAAGAGAAAGCUUGGGAAGGAGAAAGUGUGUUGGAAGCCAGACAAGUCUUGGAGUCCCUCUUAUCUGACUUUUUGCCCAACUCCCAUCUGCACUCAUUUUCUGAAUCUUCAUGUAAUGGAGAAGGAAAGCAUGAAGAACUUUGUUCAAUGAUCAUGGAAGAGUGUGAGAAAACAUUCUUAUCCUGUUUUCCAAUAUUCUAUCCCACUGGGAGGAUGAAGUGGGAUCUCCUUUCCUCCCUCUUGUAUGGAGAUGAGGAGGAGCAUUCAUUCAAUCGAUUGUUGAGUGCCACCUUGAGUGCAAUGUGCCAACCUCAAGUGAACCUUGGGAAUAUUCUCAUGUUUCUGAAAGAUAGAGAUGGGUUAUGUGAGAAGGGUUCACCAUGGGAAGAAUCGAGUCCCUCAUCCACUUCUUCACCAAGUUCACUCACCCCACUUUCUUCUCCUACUUCUGCUCUCCUCACCUCAGAUCUCUUCAAUUAUCCACUCCUUGUUGAUACUGCUCUUCGACAUCAUUCUGAGAAGUCCUCACUGGGAGAGCCAGAAUGUGCAUUGUUGGUGACACCGUCUCGAUUCUUACGCAACUUGUCGAGUCGUAUCUGGAACACAGGGAAUGGCUCACCAGAUGCCAUUGCCUUCUCUGUGGACCGAUCAGGCAUCUUAAUCGCUGGAGCUGGGAUCUAUGGAGGUGUGGGUACAUAUGACUUUGAACUGGAACUUCUUGCUGAGGAUGAUCGGGCUUGGUAUGCUUUGAGGCUGAGGAAUCAUGGAGGAAGAACAUGUAGUGGCGAUGGUGGCUUGAGUAACGUGAAGGGACCUGAUGGGACCACCUUUACCUUCACCUCUUGCUCAUUGAGUUUGAAUGGGACUAUGCACACCCGAGGACAGUUGCCUCGCUUACUGUAUUUUAGUGCAAAGCCUGAGCAGCCACCAAAAGUGGACCAGAAUGCUCAGGUGGAGCUACAGGGAAAGCAAAUGGCAUUUCGUAUAGCUACAUCAACAUUCAGAAAUGCAUGCAGACUUCUGGAUGCUGUGAACAAGGAAGAGAAUCCCAGAAUGCCAGAAUCCAUGAGUCUUCUCUCCACCUCUCCCUUCAUCAAGAGCCUAUUACCAAUGGUCAUAAGCCAUAUUUCAAGUCUACCAGAUACAGAUGCCAAGCUGGCAGUUCAGAUCAUUGGGCUAGUUCAGGAGCUCUUGCCCAUUGUAUCUCAACUCAACCAACGUUGGCCUGAGCAGAUUCAGUCAAGUGAUAUAUCUGCUCCAAAAGAUCUCACAACUUCACCAUACUAUGCAGUGGUGGAAAGUGAACAUCCAUACAAAGCAGCAUCUGUAUCCUUCUUUCGGCUUACCUUCCCUGCAUCUGUCAAAUGGAUGUGCAUAGACUUUGAUUCACGCUCUGAAACAGCACAAUCUGAAGACACCCUCCAGGUCUUCCUGAGCAGACAUGACCAAGAUUUAGAUAUUAUAUGUCAAGCUGAAAUCAAGUCCAUUCCUUAUCAUGCCCUCUCAGACAACUGUCCAGUCUCCUUGAGAAGUCAUGGUAAAGAAUUAAAUAUCGUUUCUCAAGCUGAAAAUGAAUCCAUUCCAUCUCACUUCAUCCCAGCUCUACCCAAGUGUAGUGGUUCUUCUGGAUGGCCUGCUCAUGCAGUUGUUCUCCCUGGAAAUGAGCUGAUCUACUCUCUGGAAACUGCCUCUAACUAUGUGAAGGAAGAAGGAGGUGCGUAUGGUUUUUCUUGUGUUGCUGUUGGCCAUGAAUGGACACCUUCAGGAGUUGUUGGAGAUGCUCUUCAAACAUUGGAGAAGGAACUUGCAUAUCUUGGCAGCAAGGCUGCUGGGGCACUACUCAAGCCAUCUCUUUCUCUUGCUUCAGCUGAAUCUGGAGAUGAUGAGGCAAGAGAGGGAGCUCAAAAGUUGUUUGAACUUUACCAUCCACUUUUAAAGAGAGGGUUCUCUCUCACACACCCCCUCACCAUCACUCAAGCUCUUGAGGGCAUUUUCCCCUUUAGUUUUCAGAGCACUGCUGGACUAUUCUUGCGUGAUUUCAUUGGAGGAUGUGGAGGGACAUCUGGUGGACGUCUUGCAAGGUGGCUUCAACCAGAGUCUUACGUGGAUCCUCGACUUUGUCAGGUGUUAUACAGCAGAGAUGAUAUUUGUUGUGGCUGGCCUGCUAUCAUCACUGUUCUCUCCAAAGAUCAGUAUGGAAAUGUUGUGCAUGCUCCUGGACUGAAGGUGGAAGUGAAAGCCAUGCCUAUAGAAAGGGACUCUGAAAGUGCAGCACACAAAGUGAGGAAGAUCAGUACACAUCAAGAAGAGCAUUCAUUUUUCCUGACCAGUCUCUGUCACGCUCUUAGCACAGCAUAUCAUGUGACUAUCAAGGACAAGCUUCGUUACCAUGCCAUCACUGUCAUGGAGGAAUUUGAGAAUUGGAGCUUUGAAGAGUUGAGGUAUUUGGCCCCUCCUAAGAAGCGUCCUUGUGAGAAUCUUUUGGUCCGAUCAAAUGGGGAUGGAACUUAUAGUGCUAACUGGACUCCAGGUAGUGUGGGGUGGUACUCUGUACAAGUCACAGUCGAUGGCUACAGUCUGGAUGGUAAUUACAAAGUUGAAGUCAAGGAGCCACCCCAAUCCCCAGUCCUUUCGAGUGUGAUCUCAGCUCUCCCAAAGCCAGUACAUGACCAAACAUCAAAGCUGAGACGUUUCCUUGGAAAGUACAGUGCUGGACUGCGCAUACGAGCUCACCCAUCUCUCCAGAGUGAACAGAUUGGACUUGUUCAAGUGGAGGGAACCAUUUCCUUCACAUGUGAACUUCAGAAUGAUGAUGGCAUAUGGGUCCGACUGAGUGCAGAUAGCAUCCAAGUGCACUGCAAAACAAGCUAUCCUGAAGCCUGGUGUCUCCAGUACAAUCAGCAGUUGGGCAAGACUUUGCUUGUUCCUGUAGAAGAGCCAAAGACCAUCUUGGAUGAGAUAAUCACGAAAAGGAUCUCUGCAAAGCAAGAGAGAACAGAAGAAGGAAAAUGGAUAAAACUAGAUAAUGCAAGCCAGAAGCAGUACUGCUUCACAUCUGCUGGGGAAGCAUGGACUCUUGUUCAAGACACUUCCAAUCAUGUGUUCCUAAAAAUCGAACAAGAUGAACAUGCAGAGCAAGAGCAGAAAGGCUUUGAUUUUAGUGUAGCUGCUAUUAAUCCCCCCAUGACUGGUUUUGCUCCUCGAAGCCCCAUUCAUCAGCCAUAUGUCUUUGGAACUUCAACAGACCAGAGACGUGUGAAGCCACCGCUCCUUCCAAAACCUGUCAUCCAACCUAAUGCACCUCAAACUUUCCAUAUCCAAGAUGGUCAUCAUGGCAGAACUCAGACCUCAAAGGAUGCCAGAGUUGAACCUAAUGUCUCCAUAAAGGAACUUGUCAAACUUGUUGGAGAAAGUAGGGCAAAUGGAAAUGGACCAACCCCACCUGUCACUCCACCAGGUACUCCUGCACACAAUAGAACUCCAAAGAAAGGCUCCCGCAGCUCAAGCCCUAAAGUAUCUGUUCGAAAGUCAAGCCCUGUACCUAUCCCAGGAGUCAAAGGUGAUAGUGACCCAAAGGGCAGUCCUGAAAGUCACAGUUCCAAAUCUCAUUCCCCCUCAGCAUAUGCCUCUGCAGCUAUCCAGGAGAGUACAGGGGAAACAAUGCAUGAGGUGGGAUCACUAGAAAGCAACACAAGUGCUCUCAUCAGCAGUCUCACCCAUGAUCUAUCUCUCAGUGGAAGUGCUAGCAGUGUCCAGCUGAGGAGUGAAAGCAGCAUUCCUGGGACCUCCAAGAAAAUAGAACUAUUGAACGAUAGCUCAAGGAGCACAUCCCAGGCUGAGACACAGACAAGCCCUGAGAUUGGAAUGACUCAAUUCAGCAUAGGGAGUGGAGGGAAGAAUGAUUCAGAUAAUUUGGAGAGGCUCUCCCCAAGAUUGGCUCGUCGAUCCAUGUCGCCUCGCUUGAAACCAAAGAGAGACCAGUCACUCUCUCCUGCCAAGUCACCUCAGAUUCAGUCCAAGAAGCCAUCUGGGGGAGAAAAAGAGACCAUCCAGGAAGCCAUGUGGCCCAGUAUGGCUGAGAGUCAGAGAGCUGUGUUUGCUGCCCUCCUCUGGCAUGAGGGCAUUGUUCAUGAUGCCAUGGCAUGUGCAUCAUUCCUCAAGUUCCAUCCUGAUCUUCCAAAGCAGGUUUUGGCAGUGCCACUGAAGAAGGAAACGAGGCAAGAAUUAAGCAAGGAGGAGAAAGCAAGAUUUCGACAUUCAGUUGAAGUGAGUAGCCUUGGUGCUUACUGUCAUGGCCCCAAUGCAAACUUGGGAAAGAGAGCACAGCCUAUCACUGAAGAGGUUCAUCUGGAUUAUGAAUUGGGUGAAGAUCUCCUCCCAAGCAAACUUCCACUUGUAUUCAGCCAGUUGGAAGUGGAGUUGCCUCGUUCAUUGAGAGAUUUUGUGACUCUUUGGGAAGACACAGUGCGCCAGUUUCGUCGCAUUGUUGAGCACCAGAUCAUCCUUCCUAGCCCAUUGAUCUUGUGCAAGGAGAAUGAGAGACUAAAGGAAAGGUCUAUGACUGGGCCUAAAUACGAAGCCCAGUGGAAGGGUGUUGUCUGUGAACUCUGUGGUGUCAUUCCACAGAGUUCACUAAUUCAUCAUAUGCAAGACACACAUCCAGGCUGUGGCAGGGAUUCUGGCAGCCGAGGGUAUAAUCGUGCUGGGAUCUAUUGCGGCAAUAUGGUUGGGAAUUGUGGAAUUGCUCUGCGGGGGGUGCAUCCUGGAUAUCUCCUCUGUGGGAAGUGUCGAAUUGAAUACCUGGAGUUGAAGAAGAAAAAGAAAAUGAACACCUUUGCCACUACCGCAGCGUUUGGAACAAAUCCCCCUCAUCAAAUUAUGAGGAAGAAUGCCAUGUUUCUUCUUGAACUUGGAAGUGCCAGCAGUUUGACUGCUCCUGGUUUAACUCCCAGGUCAGGCUUCCAAAAGUUGUUUAAUGAAAGUGGGUUCACCAAAACUGACCAUGAACCAUUCCAGUGCCUAAAAGCAUUGGGAGCUCAGAAGGAAGUAUAUGAAUUCAUGAAAGAAAAAUUCCUGAGUGAAAGCUUGAUAUAUGGUAGUCAAGAAUGGCUUUAUGAGAAGAGAAAGCGUGCUGAUCCAGGAGAACAAAGGGAUGGAAGGGAAGUUAUUGGUGGUUCCCCACCAGGGAGGGAACAAGGGUGGAAUCGUCAAGAAAGUGAUGGUAGAGUGGUCAUCACCCGCAAGCGUAAUAGCUCCAGUGAAGACAGGCUUCAAGGGGAUGUUUCUUUGCUUUCGGCUCCAUCUCCACAGUUACAGAAUUUGGCUUCAUCACGUGAUGGACUUUGCCGCCGUCCCCUCAUGGCUUUCCUCAUUCAAUCACACAAUCUGGAAGCUUUGGCAGCUGUCAUGAAGAUGUCUCUGAGAAGAGGGGCAUGUCGCAUCUAUGCAUUCCAGGCCUUGACAUGGAUGCUACAUACUGUGACUCAUCCAGUGUGCAUUCAUGACAUUCUGUGGAACUUUGUGAAAGCCUCCUCACUUGACUCACCUGCAAAUAUGGAACCGAGCCAAGCCAGGCUACAAAAGGAUGAUGAGAAUGAAGGAGAUGGGGUUCUUUUCCAUCCAAUGAAUGGGAUAGAUGUGGCUGGAGAAGCUGUGAACUCAUUGCCUCAGGCAUUUUAUCACUUCAUGCAGACCAUCUCUGACCUGAUGCUAUUCCUGCCACCUGGAUCAGCUGUGCAGAGGAUGGCCAUUCGGUGCUGGAGACUUCAUUUCAGGCCAGAGGAUCACCUAUUCUUGCACAGGCUAGUUUCUCUCCUCUCUAGGAGUCAUGUUUUCUCAAAUAUCAAUAAGAUCUUAUCUGGAGGGGAUGAGAAGCUGAGUAGGAACUCCAGAGCAGGGGAAAAUGUUGGUUGCUUUUUGGAGAAACUGGAAGACCUGACAAGUUCAUGUGAGUUGAAGUGCUCAAGUCGCCCAAGCAUGAUUGGAAGCCUCACAGAUGGAUCAACAGAAACCUUUUGGGAAUCUGGAGAGGAAGACAAGGACAAAAUAAAGCAUAUACUCAUCACUUUGUCUCAUCCCAACUACUCCAUUCAAAUGGUUUAUGUGCAUGUGGACAAUGGACGAGAUAUAGGGAACAAAGUCUCUCACAUUGUUAUCAAGUCUGGUGUAAGCACUGAUAACCUGCAGAAAGUGAGCCAACAGGAGUUAGAUACUCGCUUUAUUGGUUGGGUCUCUGCCUCCAUUCCUGAUCCUGGGCAUAGAAUAAUUAGAAUAGAACUGAAGAGCUUGGACCUCACCCUGCGUGUUCGUGGGAUUCGGAUUCUGGGACGAGAUGGACAUCCUGCAUUCCUUCCACCAUCAAAGGCAUCUUCCUAUCUUCGCAAGCAGUGUGAAAUGGAAGCCCUCAAAGUUUUUCGUCUUAUCACCAGCCAGGUGUUUGGAAAGUUGUUGUCAAAAGAGGAUGAGGAGGAAGGAGGAGAGAGGGGAGAAGAAGAAGGUUCAGAGGGGGAAGAGAAUGACUUAAGAGAGCACAUGGUUGGCAUUCUCUUCAGCCAGACCAAGCUGACAAACCUCCAGAAACAAGUAUGUUCACACAUUGUGCAAGCCAUCCGGCAAGAGGCAGUGAAGGCACGUGAAAAUUGGGAGAAUGGAUUGGCUUCAGGGAAAGGAGAUGCCACAUCUGCAAGUGACAAUUACUGCUUUGAAAUGCUGUCCAUGGUCUUGGCUUUGAGUGGCAAUGCCGUGGGGCAGAUGUUCCUUGCUGAGCAAGGCUCCUUAAUUGUUGAUCUUCUCAGUCUGCUUCACACAAGCUCUGGGAGAGUCCAGAGACAGGUCAUCUUGCUGUUGAGAAGGGUGUUGCCUGGGGUGCCACCAUCUUCAUUUGCAUCCUUUCUAGAGAUCAAGAAUCUUCCCUCUUCAGAGUUUGGAAUCCUAGAAAGAGGAUCUGGACAACCAUUUGAUGUUCAUCAGCAUGGGAUUCUGGAUGUUCUAUUGGCGUGUAUCUCAAAAGCCUUGAAUCUUCAAGUGAAGAGCAAAUCAGAUGGAGAAGUUGGUCGAGUUCACACAUUCACAAUGUCUCAGAAAGACUGUAUUCAGUCUGACUCUCCUUGCAAAGACCGCUGGUACAUGCAUGGAUCCUGUUCUAGAAAGUUGGCCCAAGACAUCAUCAGUCUAUUGCAAGAUAUGUCCACUGCAACAUGUGACAACCAUGAGGAUGGUGAGACUCUGGCUGUGAUAGUAUGUAAUUCCUGUGGGAACCUGUGUGCUGAAUGUAAUCGCAUCCUUCAUCUUCCAAGACGAACUCAUGGGCAUCAGCGUCAGAUAUUCCGAGAAGAGGAAGAAGCCAUUCGUGUAGAUUUACAUGAAGGAUGUGGGAGAACAAAGCUUUACUGGCUCCUGGCUCUUGCUGAUGCAUCAUCCCUGAAAGCUAUGGUUGACCUAUGGCCAGGUUCCUUGGCUCAAAAGCCUCUGGCAGGUUCCCUUAAUCCUGGCAUGUGUCGGUUCUGCAGUUCUCCAUGUUUUCCUGGCAAGGGACUCUUGACUGGGCCACCUGUUUGCCACAGUAACGAAUGCCAGGUAUAUGCAAAGGAGGCUUGUCAAAAGAUAUUAUCAUGUAGUCAUCCAUGUGGAGGUGUGAAAGGAGAAAAAGAAUGUCUUCCAUGUUUACGUGGAUGUCGAGGGCAUGCUUUAAAGCAGGAUGCAGAUGACAUGUGCAUGAUUUGCUUCACAGAGCAGCUACAAGCUGCUCCCACCAUUCAGCUCAAAUGUGGUCAUCUCUUUCACCUGCAUUGUGCCAAGAAUGUCUUGCUGAAACGUUGGCCUGGUCCUCGGAUCACCUUCAACUUCACCCUGUGUCCCAUUUGCAAGAAAGAGAUAGACCAUUAUAUGCUGGAGGAGCUGUUGGGGCCAGUAAGAGCACUGAAGAAAGAUGUGAAGCGAAAAGGAAUGAUGCGUCUGAAGUAUGAAGCCACUGCACUCUCUGAAUCCAUCAAGGAUCCUGCUGCAUAUGCUAUGGAACGAUAUGCCUACUAUGUGUGCUUUAAAUGCCAGAGGGCCUACUAUGGAGGAGAGGUAAGGUGCGAGUUGGAAGGGAGUGUGAAAGAUGAGUAUGACCCAAGUGAACUGGUAUGUGGCGCAUGCAGUGAUGUUUCACGGGCUCAGAUGUGUCCCAAACAUGGGACAGACUUCCUUGAAUACAAAUGUCGCUACUGCUGCUCAGUUGCUGUCUUCUUCUGUUUUGGUACAACACAUUUCUGUAAUGCGUGUCAUGAAGAUUUUCAACGUGUUACUGCCAUCCAAAGAAGUGACCUCCCCCACUGCCCAGCUGGUCCCAAGGCCAUCCAACUGGAGGGUCAAGAAUGCCCACUUCAUGUGGAACAUCCAGCCACUGGAGAGGAAUUCGCCUUGGGGUGUGGUGUCUGCAGAAAUGCCCACACUUUUUAAUUUGCCUUGGUUAUUCUUGUGGUGGCUGUUUUUUGAUCAGUUGCAGUGUGUUUCUUGUGGCAGCUUGUGAUUUUUCACUAUCUGUGAUUUUUGAAUGUCAGUACUCUGAAUCUGUGUGGAAG